ACCUCAAACACCUAAACACUCGCUCCAAACUCCAAACUCCAAGCUCCAAUUGAAAUUUGUCUUCUCCCCUCUCUGUCUUUCCAAUUUCCUUGAAAAGUAAUCUUUCAUCAAUUCCAGUCAAUUGUUGAUUGUGAAAUAUAUUCAUUACUACUGGAUUAUCCAUUAUCCAUACCCAUCCUCCAUUCUCCAUCCUCCAUUCUCCUUUCUCCUCUUUUAGACUUCGCUCCCCAAUAGAAUACCGUAUGCUACCGUAUGCUACUGUACAACUCCGGGGCCUUUUUACCAAAUCAAAACUGACAAGACCUCAUUUCGCAUAGAGUUAAUUGCUAAGGUAAAAGCUUCGAGACUAGACCGUCGAUCCCCUUAACUUAACGGUUUUGCUUUGAUUUGAUAGUACCGAAAACCAAAGCCCUUCCCUCAGAAUAAGCUCACAAUUCCUGACUGAAUCUCUUUUUCUCAAACGGCCACCUUUGACAUCCCCUCAAUCUCGUUCGAUGUAAUGAGAUGAGAUAUUCCACAGUCGCUUUUGCGCCAUUGAACUUCGAUGAAUUCUCAAAGCUAGAUAACAAAAUCAACUCCAAUGACAGUGCUUAAAGACGCGUUUUCGCGAUCCGAUACAUUUUUGCGACCCCGGUCUGAAUGUAUUUCGAGUCCUGGAAAGCAAUCCGACGAUUCUACACCUUCGACGCCAGAUAAAGAUCAAGAACGAAAACCACGGGCUGUGCGAAAACCCUCGCCUGGUCUUGCCGCUCGACUUGCAGCGUUAGGUUUUGGAAAAGAACCCGAUUCAAAUUCAACAACGACAACGGCACAACCUGAACGAAUUGGGCGCAUCCCUGAAGAUCAAAUUCGCCAACUUGACCACCUCCACCGCGCUAAUUCGACGAGUUCGCAUAUUCACCGACGAGGUCGAGCUUGGAGUGGCAGUAUCGGUCUCUUGACUCCUCAAAUAACUGGCGGUAGCUUUAAAGAGACAAACCUUCGAGAGAUCACAAUCAGUGACACGCGAGUACCUGACGGUGCCACACACUCAACACCUUCGCCUGAUAGCUUUCGUAAUCAGGAGAUGACAACAAAUGUUGACCUUACAGGAAUGGAUUCUCAGAAGUAUCGAUUACCAGAACAUACAAAUGGAAAUGGCACAAAGACGAUGGCAGAUAUAAAGCAGGCGCAUAUUGUGCGAAGGAUACCUCCUGUAGAAGAAAUCCAAAUACCUCCACCUCCUUUUCACGACGACGAAAUACCUCCACCUCCCAUAGCUAAAGAUACACCGCCAAGCGCGACAACACCCAGCGAAUCCUCGAAUGAUGUCUCAUCCUACUUCAACCCUUUCGGCCAUCAACGGGCAGGGUCAAUAUACACACUGUCGCGGGCAUCUUUCGCAAGUCAACUUGCCCAAUUGACGUCCUUGCAACUGCCAGAUGCCGCCUCGUUGUCAACAAAAAUAUCCGCAAUUCCUAGCUCGAAAUCCGCCUCAAAGGCAUUAAUGGGAGCUGCAGAACAAAUCAGGAGUUGGAUAUCAAAGGCAUCAGACGUUGUCUCUGGUCUUGAUGGAGAGGACGAUGUGGAAUGGGCUGCAGCUGGUGGUAGGGAAGGACUAGAAGAAGUUGAUAAUGCGAUUACACGUUUCGAAAAAUUAAUUAAUGUUUAUGUCUCAGCCAUCGAAUCAUUACAAGAACGGACUGAUAUUGCUACGGUACCUGCAGAUGAACUUCAAAAGGUCGUACUACAGGUAGAAAGCAUACUUGAGGAAUGGGAAAAGAUCAAGAGAAAUCUGAAGGCGGUAAAGAACUCUGUUGAGAUUGCUAUGGAAUGGGAAGAGUUGUGGAACACAGUAUUGGGCGAUAUAGGCAACGAGGUGGAUAUUCUGGCGCGUCUGGUUUUUGAAAUGGAGGAAAAGAGACACAAGUCCUUGGCAGAAGCCGAUAGCGACGGAGUUGAUAUCAAGGAGCUUGAGACUAUCGUGGAAGAAACGCCUCGGUCCAAGGCGAGAUUACAGAUCGGCAACCGAUUUGGCAUGUCUUCCUCCUCCCCAGCUUUUCCUUUGAGCCCAAACUCGCCAGUGACGCCGAUAAUGGCCCAAGACGACUCGAGUCUACUAGCAUUAUUUGCACGAAUGCAGCCUUUGAGAGCUUCUUUGGACUUUUUACCUAUGAGACUGUCAACAUUUCAUUCUAGAGCCCAAGCAAUAUUUCCCACGGCUUGCGAUGAACUGGAAAGUCGCCGAGGUGGUUUGGAAAAGAGUUGGAAGUCUCUCGAAAAGGAUGCCGAAUCAUUACGAAGGGAACUUGGUGAGGAUCGGUGGGUUCUCGUCUUCCGCGGUGCGGGUCGACAAGCACAGAAGAUGUAUGAAUCAGUCGAAAGAAGUUGUGCUAAGUUGAAGGAAUCUCUUGACAAUGGGGUUCAUCUGAACAAUCCAGCUACAAUGGGCAAGAAGAUAGAGAGUUACGAAGCGAAGAAGUUGCAUUACGGUCCAGCCAUUGAACGAGUUCUAUCCAUCAUAGAGAAAGGGGUUAAGGACCGCCUCACUGUCAAUGGCGAGAUUUUGAGAUUACACUCGGACAUGCAACAGAAGUGGGAUUCGUUAAAAGGCCAAAUGAAUGAACUGGACACAACACUUGAAGAACUGCAAGCAGAUCACAGAAAUCAGCAGCUCAGAGAUUCAAUCUCAAGCAUAGUUUCAAAUGAUCGAUCAACCGUGGGAAGCUUCAGCAAUGACACACCAGGAAGUUCACCAGCAUCUUCAGUAAUAAUGUCAGGCUUAGGCAGUAAGCUUGACGCCACGAUGUCUGGUAGAAAUGGCAAGAUGCGUCCCACUUGCAGAACUAGUUCGCCACAGGUUGGAUCAAAUAGAAACCUAAGUGCUGGACAACCUCCACGUUCUUUCAGUCGAGCAUCUCCAUCUCCUAUUCCUUCCCGACAAGGCUCGGCAACCCCGACAGCUCGACUUCCCCGACCUUCCAACACUCCCGUUGACAACCGUCCUCGAUGGAACGGCAGCACCAAUACCAAUGACACACUUAUCGGUCAUGGUUACAAACCUCUCAGUAUCACAACUCCAAGUCCUAAUCAACGUCGCCCAGCUUCUACCAAUUCGAAUCGUUCCACUAGGUCCAGCACGUCCGAUUCCAAAUUACCUCUACGAAGCCCACUCGGUCGUGGAAGUACGGCCUCUCCAGUCAUCCAAGAGCCUACAACCCCUUUGGGAAAUAGGCCGGCCUCGCGAGCCGUACGACGUGACGCUUCUACCCCCGGACCAUACUCCCAAAAAACACUAUCAGUUAACUCACCUUCCCACCCUCGUCUUCUUGGUAGCAAAUCGUCCAUGUCCAAUCUCAUAGGUGGCAAUCGUCGCUCCUCGAUGCAUCCUUCGUAUACAUAUGACGCCAGAUCUAGCAGCCCGGUCGUCAGGAGACCUGCUAGCUCAUUGGCUACCAGCAGAAGGAUUAGUCUUCUGCCAACCCCGAGAGGUAGAAACUCGGAAAUGGCUGGUAGGGACAGUCCCGUAGCAAAUAGAGGUAGCAGCACGUCUACCACUGAUAGCAAAGGUAACGCUAAGAAGCCAUGGAAACCAUGAAGCCUUGAGAAACGACAUUAAUGAGUAGCUGAGACACUUUGAUUGGGUUGGUGUUCCACCGUUUGAUUUAAGAUUUACACAGCAUGGUUUGUAGGCGUUUUCAACUUCUUCAUCACACCCUUUUGAAACACGAUGCUUUUAGCGAAUGUAAAUUUUUUAUGCCGUGGAAUACACAAUGUGGAUGGAGCAUUGAAGGAGUUUAAAUGGAUGGUAUGAUCGAAACGUGUGCCGGUACAAGAUUCUUUUUUCUUUUUUUUUUAAUUUUAUAUUUGAAGGGUAUAGAAGAGCGAUGCGAUGGAAUGUGACGGACUGGGGUUUGGAGGGUGUUGAAGGACCGCGUGAAGUAAACGAAGAAGAAUGAUACCAUUACUUGUAUGAUAGUGAAAUUAGGAUUAUUUAGCGACGUAAAGACUGUGAUAC